GACGUCCUGACCCUUCAGCCUGUUUCCGGUCAGUCAACUUUGGUUCGUCUGGGAGUUUUUUUUUUUACUGGUUUAACUGAAGAGGGAAACUUUCCAGAAAGUCAACCUCACAUCAGCUUCCGGGAUGAACGCGCUGCUGCGGCGGUGUGACCCGCGCUGGGCCGGGACCUGGAGAGGUUUCCACAUGAGGGCUCCGCUGGCGACCUUCGACCUGAGGAAAGUUGAGCUGACUCCUCUGGAGCAGAGGAAACUCACCUUUGACUCCCACGCCGUGGUGACAGAGCUGGAGAACAGCGGUUUUGAGAAGCGACAGGCAGAGCUGAUCGUGUCAGCGCUGGUCACUCUGACCACAGCCAACAUGGACAUCGUCUAUAAGGACAUGGUGACCAAAUCCCACCAGGAGAUUGCUGUCCAGCAGAUCAUGGCUCACCUAGACUCCAUCAGGAAGGACAUGGUGAUUCUGGAGAAGAGUGAAUUUGCCAACCUGCGGUCUGAGAACACAAAAAUGAAGCGAGAGUUGGAGCAGCUGCAGAGCAGAAUGAAGGAGGAGAGCCAGAAAGUCCGAGCAGAAAGCAAACUGGACAUCAACCUGGAGAGAAGCCGGGUGUCUGACAUGUUUACAGACCAGGAGAAGAAGCUGAUGGAGGCCACGUCAGAGUUUUACCACAAGGUACCACGGUUGUGUACUACUAGUUAGGGAUGAACGACAUGGCCAAAACGUUUA